AUGGAUCCUGCGGCAAAGUACAGCGUGCACUCCUUUCAAAUCAACAUCGGCGUCGGUGAUGGGGCCAUCCACCUCGUGUGCACCCGUGCCGGAGGCGACAAUGGCACCAAAACGGUUGUCCGGGCUGUCAUGCUCGACGGCGGAGAAGGAGCAAAGAUGCUGGAGGAUAACUACACGUUUAAUCCGAACAUUAGCAGCACAAUCAAAUACAUCGAGGACAACUUCCAGUGUCAGGGUCCAGAACUGGACGGUGGUACCAAUACGGAUCGGCCCCGCCUCCGCUUCCACGCCUUCGUCGUCACUCACUGGGACUCGGAUCACAGCGACGGCAUCAUGUAUUUCUUGAAGAAGGAUGUCGACGACCAGUAUGACACGCGCAAGGACGGAACACCGCAAAUCCAGCCAGGAGAUAUCCGUCUCAAGCGAGCAGUGUACGGCCAGAACAACGUACCAAUGUCCUUCUUCUAUGCCCCGAGCUGGAAAAAGUUCCAGGACCCCGAAACCACAGUAAACGACGGCGACGAGGGCCAAGGCCCCGACCUAGCGUCCACGGCCCGGUUGUCCAUUCGGUUCGGCGAACGGAAAGUGAACCACGUUUCCGCGCCCCUGCUCCUGAUGCACACCUCCAUCACAACUCUCCUAGGCCGCAACUUGUUCAGGCUUGACGCCUACGCGGCGCCAGGCAUUGGACAGCCGGCCCUCGGAAGCCUGAAAUCCAUAGAGCAGCUGACCUUUGUGGUGUCUGCGCAUGACAAGGCAAAGACCUGGCAUCCCCGCUGGGAGCUACUUCACCUCAUAAAUGGUUGGAUAAACUAUAGCAGAUAUGCGACUCCGCCCGCCCCGACUCGCCUCUUCAUCACAAACUACCCAUGUUACAUCUGGGAUAAACUCAACCCGCUCGAAGUCGACGGCUUGGGUGAUUGUGACAUGUCUUUGAGGCAUGUAGAAGAGGUCUUCAAACAGAUUCGAACCUGGCAUACGGAUCUCAAGGCAGCCCGUGCUCUCUCGGACCCUUUGGGCAUGCUGGCCGCCUUACCAGAGCCUACCUUCACCAACGACAUUUUGAAACCAGACUGCGACUGGGAUGCCUCCGAGAAGCGGACCAGGAUCAUUGCUGAAGUUCGAGACAACGUUAUUAGGCAUAUUUGCCCAAGCUUCGGGAGACUCACGAAUGAGAAUGUGAACAUUGAGGCGGUGUGCUAUGAAGUGCUAGGCUUCACCUCGAUGCGAGAGCGAGUGCUGGUCAAGUACUCUGGAGAGCCCCAAGCCAGGUUGGAAUUCACUCUACCGCCUCGCGUACAGGCCGUGUUGCGCCAUCCCCAUCGGUUCCGCUCUUCCACCCCUGCCGGCCGACAUCGCACUACCUCGGAACAACCCCUCCACCGAUUCGUCUCAGCCCUAGCGACCGCACACCUCCGGCUCCACAGAGACCCGGCUCCCGUGCCCGGCGCGAGCAUCCCCUUUGCCGAUGACGACGAAUGGCAAAUGUGGAUGCGCAAAUCCCUCCCUUCUGACGAAGCCCAGAUGAGCUUCACACCCGCCUCAUGGCCGCUGUCUGGGAGCCCUAGUGACACUACCGUGGCUGACUUUACCUGUCGGGCGCCAAUCGGCGGCGGGAGGGUGCUGAUUCUCGACACAAAAGCAGCGCCUGCAGUGCUGGGUGUAAGUCAAGCCGCCAUCAAUAGCAUGUAUUCCCGAGCUAGAGUCAUGGUGUUUGGCGCUCGAAUCGAGAUGGUAGAGGGCGACUCAAGCGCUCAUCGAAGAAGGCCAGGGCGUGCUAGCAUCACUACCGCCAAAAGGUCCAAAUGCCUCGUCUCCCGUGCCCCGAACAAUGAGACCUGGAAACUUGUCGAUCUCGCGAAAUUCAUAGAGCUCGGUGACAACCCCAUCAUCGCGGCCCUCGGUUCUCUAAACCUGGUUCCGGUAACGUCCAUCCCUUCCCCUAGCGAUCCUACCAAGAUGGUUCCUUGCCGCAACGCGCUCUGGUUCGAAGCCGGAGCCGCCCACCUGAGCAACCUCCGUCUCGAGUUCCAGCUGUCGGAAGACUCGCCCCUCAAGACGUUUCAACAGUGGCUGGGUGGCGCCGAGGGCCUGCACGGCUUCUCCGUGGAAAGCGUGUCGGUAGUGGCUCGCAAGGAAUGGCGCAUGUACUACGGGCCCGCCAGCGACACCAUCAAGGGGCAAGGCGAGAUCUCUUUCCGGCUCGCGCCUGGGGCGCGGCUCCUCAAGAUCCGCCUGCAGCACGACAAGCCGGACGAAAACCUGCUCGUUUCGCUCUUCGACUGGAUCACCGAGGCGUUCAAUUUCAGCAGCGCGGACGACUUUGAGGGGAAGAAAUGGAUCGACAUGGCCAGAGAGCGCAAGUUUCUCAGCUCGGUUCGCCCGCGCCUGUUCGAAAUCUCCAUCGCCUGCAAUGAAAACGGUGUACCUACGAGUGUCGACGGGGUCCGUCUAGAGCUGCAGAUUCAAGUCGAUGUCGGCAAAACGUCUGAAAAGGCCGACCGGCCACUCGUAUUCUUCCUCACGCUAGGCUGGGCACGACAGAUGGGCGCGUUCCUGAGGGGCGGCUUUGGUGUCCGCCGCCAGAGCCCAAAGAUUCCUUCUUGCGUGCUUUGCCGUCGAGUCAUGUCCCUGCUCGAGCACCUUAAGAUCGAGUCUCUAUUCCUCAGUUACGUGUACGAAAGUGGCGAUGACGCGGGCGGCAAAGAGUUUGAGUUUAACGGUGUUCUCCUACUCGGCCCCUUGCGCCUGGGCCUAUCCUUUACCCACAGCGACGGAGAGUGGGACUUUGAGGCAACCCUAGGAGUUGACGAUGACGACCUUGGCCAGCAGGGAACCAUUACUCUUGGCGAUCUUCUCCAAGCACUCAUGGGUGGAACCAUCUCCGAGCUCCCCAAGGCCGUGAGCGAAAUCCCAGUAUCCAAGCCUGGAGGGAGCAGCGAGCUUCUCCGCCUCUCAUGCUCCAAGACCGAGGGCCCCGCAGACGCAGAGGGCAAGCCCACCGAAAUGAUUAUACUCGUGGCGUCGGUCUACAUCUCAUCCGUCAGCUUAACUUUUACCCAGUGGCGGGGAACUCACUGGCCGAGCAAUUGCCCUUCGAAGCGUGUCAUCAAGGUCGCCGUGAGCGAUAUCGGCCCCCUAGAUGCGCCGCUUGUCGGCAAGAUCGAGAACUUGCCGCUCCAGGAGGCCGGCAUUACCAAGGCAGAGUUCGAUAUCUUGGCCGAGAUGUCCGAAAACAAUAAAGACAGGCUCUUCUUCAAGCCGGACAAAGCCGAUGCGGACAAGAUUCUCGACACGGAUUUUGUGCUCCUCGCCGCGUCGCACUUCAUGGUCAUUGCAAAGAAUUCCAAGGGCGAGGAGAGGGCCGUUCUCGACUACAUCUUUGCACGACCCAAGCCGCGCUCGAAACCUAAGCCACCGGCAAUCUCCGGUCCCGACAGCGAGGAUGAUUAUUAUAGACGCGAUCCCAAUGAGGAUGUACUAGCGCCCGCUGGGGAUGCGCAGAGUUCAUCGGAAAAGGAGGUGUCCAAAGCGCCGUGGAAAGCCACCAUUGGGCCCCUCAGCAUCGAAAAUAUUGGUCUACAAUUCGACCUCAAGACGCAACGGCUCGGGAUAGUGCUUGAUGCGACCUUCCUCAUGGGCCCCAUCGGACUAGCGCUUCUCGGCUUUGGACUCAGUGCGAAGCUCGGAGGCGAGUCCAAGGCCAAGCCCAAACCUCCAAACACAGUCGGGCAGAAAGGCCUCGGCGAUAGCCUCGCUCUGUCGGAACUCGCUGUUUCCCUAGAGGGCAUGAUUGUCUCUUUCGAUAGGCCACCGGUAACCGUGGCGGGCGGAUUCAUGCAUUCUAAUGUGGAUAACGUCGACUGCUAUGCGGGAGGCUUAAUCAUCGGGUUCAAGCCAUACGCCAUCGAAGCUAUCGGCGUCUACGCCAAAGUGCCCAAGAACCCCCAAGCAGCUUAG